ACUGAUACUUGUUAAUAGUUACGCAGUAGGUACCGCACAGACACGUCUGGCAGUACGUCGUGUAACGAGUUAUAAUUUUAGUGCGCGUACAUUUUUAUUAAUAUUAUUACAAUUAUCAUUAAUUAUUUAAAUAUCAAUGAACACGCGCCACUACAGUGUUUUAGUCAAAAUGGGAGACCACUGGUAAAAAUGACCCACGGCCAAGUGUGGCCAAAACCUGUGAUUCAGAACAGUUACAAUGUAUACUUGGAAUUCGAACAGGAAAACUUUUAUUUCAACUCGACAGGUUAUAGCUGCGAUUUACUGCAUGAAGCAUUUAAGAGAUAUAAGGGUUUGCUAUUUUUAAAAGCCAAGAAAACUUCUCAAUGGCUUAGAAGAUUGCCCAAGAAUAAAAUCGCCGGCACGUUGGAAAAGUUAAACGUAAAACUGUUAAGCCCCUGCGAGGAUUAUCCUUCGUUAAACAUGGAUGAAAAAUAUGAGAUCAAAAUUCGUAAAUCCGGCGGAACUCUGAUGGCAAAAUCUAUCUGGGGUAUACUUAGAGGUCUUGAGUCUUUCUCCCAAUUGAUCAUUUUUGAAAAAUACUGCUUGACGUUUGUGAUCAGAUGUACAUCGAUAACGGAUUAUCCUAAAUUCAGGCACCGUGGAUUGCUGUUAGAUACCUCUCGUCACUACCUACCCGUACAAACAAUAAUAAGCAUGUUAGACGCCAUGUCGUAUUCAAAACUGAACGUAUUCCAUUGGCACAUUAUUGACGAUAAUAGUUUCCCGUACCAGAGCAAGGCUUUUCCGAGCUUAAGUGAUAAAGGUGCUUACGGACAGUCAGCUAUUUAUUCGACAAACGACAUUAAACUCGUAAUCGAACACGCUAGACAACGAGGUAUUCGUGUUAUUCCAGAAAUCGACAGCCCUGGUCACACGUUAUCUUGGGGACUCGGUGGCAUCCCAGGCUUAUUGACUCAGUGUUCAGACACUGAUCCAAAUUAUUUUGGCCCCAUCGAUCCGACGGUUGACGAGAAUUACAGUUUUAUUAAAACGUUGUUGACUGAAGUCAAUGAAUUAUUUCGAGAUCAGUAUUUGCAUCUCGGCGGCGACGAAGUAAACAUGAAUUGUUGGAAUAAUAGCAAAAAAUUACAAACAUUUAUGACAUUGAAUAAUAUAAGUAACGUCGAAGGGUUAGAAGAUUAUUAUUUCAAACACAUAUUUAAUAUAACUCGAGAGUUAAAGACUGUUCCUAUCGUAUGGGAAGAAUUGUUCUCCGACAAUAUUCAUCUAGAUCAUAAUGUCGUUGUACAAAUUUGGAAACCGAACAAUUUUAGUUCACUUGUGCAAGAGGUGAUAGAUUCCGGGUAUGCGGUUCUGAUAUCCAGUUGCUGGUACUUGAACUACAUAAAGUACGGGUCGGACUGGUCGAGUUUCUACAACUGCGACCUGAGCGACAUCGUCGACCGGAACAAUUUGCUAUUGGGUGGUGAGGCGUGCGUGUGGGGCGAGUUCGUGGACGAGACGAACGUGUUGCCGCUGUCGUGGCCGAGAGCCAGCGCGGUGGCCGAGGUCCUCUGGUCGCAAGUCACUAACUACACGGAAGCCAGGCUUAGGCUGGAGGAGCACACUUGCAGGAUGAAACGUAGAGGAGUGCCCGCUCAGCCGGCCAACGGGCCCGGAUUUUGUACGUACUAGAGCCCUGGUGAGAGGUGGUCAGUCGAGUGCUCGCCCGUGUCUAGUGUUCAAGUACACCGAAUAUGCGGCCGGUCUUACGCAGGCACUGUGUCGUUUUGCAUCGUUCAACAUGUUAUUCUUAUUGAAAUACAUUUCCUAGUAUAACAAUAAUUAAAAUAUUAUAUAAUAAUAAUAUUAUCCCUUUAUGCCUGCAACGGAAAAAUAUUUUUGAAAGAAACGAAUUAUUCUUGUAUGAUAUAUGUGGCUCUUUUCUCUACAGAUUGUAGUUUUGUGAACUCGUACGAAAAUUACCUAGAAUGAUUCUUAUUAAAUUUCAACCUCUGUGACUUACAAAAACUAAUGAUGUACUACCGA